GGAGGAGGGUCCUCGUCGUCGUCCCCGCUCGGACCGACGAGGGCAUCGAUGCCCGCCGCGACGGCCUUCGGUGCCCGCCGGCGAGGGCUCUCCUGUUCUCCUGGCCUGGAGGAUCUUCGGGACGAGAGCAGGAACAGAAGCAGGCGUUGAUGUAGGAGCGCUUUCGCGUAGGACCGAGGCGACUCGCUUGGAAAGACACGCAACGGAUCGGCCUCAGAGGUACUGCGCGGAAGAAGUUGUGUGCGAGGUGGGAGGUGGAACUGUCCGUAGUAGCAGCGAUGGAUCAGACCAUAUUGGUGCAGUGCGUGCGGGUUUGCUGAUAUCUAUAAUUGCGAUAUUGUUAUGACGGCCUGCUCAGUUGCAUACGUUGGUAGGGGCUCUGACCACCCCGCUUCGCCAACAUCUUGUCGCAGUCCUGGGGAGAUCUCUAGAGGAGGAGCAGCAUCCACGCCAGCUGCAAGUGCGCACAAGAUCGGGCACAGCGAACUCACGGGCCCUCAGGGUACCCUGGUGGGGGAGUGUUUUUUUUCCGCGUGCAGUGCAGCUGUCUGCGUGUGUUGCUUGGCUGCGCGCAGCCGCAAGAGGCCUCGCAGGGGGUGCACGGCCAGGCCGUUGCGCGUUGCGGCGCUUGGCCAGGGCGAGACGUGCCACCCUGGAGCGCGUGCAACCGUCCGCGAGCUGAAGGAGCUGCUAAACAAGAUUCGGAUUUUGAAGAUGCCGAAGGAGCAGCCGACAGCUGCGCAGAGGAUUAGCCCGCGCCACGCCGCCUACAAGGUGUCAGGGUUGGUUUCGGGCGAGCCGUCCUUCACACAGCUCUUUUCGCACGACACCUGGUCCACUUACACUGCCAAGUCGCCGUUCCUGCGGUGGGGUCGUACUCUCGCAAUGUGGCGUUUCUCGACAGUGCUCCGGUCGACGCUGCCCAUCUGCACGGCGGCUGCGAUCUGGGCGCUCUGCGUGGCCUCGUUGCCGUCGCGCCUACUCGCGGGCACCUCGCCCGUGCCGAUUACCCUGAUGGGCUCCGCGAUCGGUCUGCUCCUCGUGUUCCGCACGAACAACCUCUACGGCCGGCUGAUGGAGGCGCGGCUGCUCUGGGGCCGCGCCGUGUGGUGCUGCCGCCAGGCCGCUCAGACCAUCGCCACGAGCAUGCUCUUCGACGAGAGCCUCGAGGAGCCAGCGCAGCCGGCCGCUCACGCGGCGGCCGCGCAGGCCUGCCGAUACUUGGCGGCCUUCCCGUGGGAGCUGAACGCGAAGCUGACGGGCAAGGACGACGGGAGCGGCAGGAUGCGGGACCUCCAGCCGGGCGAGGACCUCGAGGUGCUGCAGGCGCUGCUGCCGCCACGCGAGGCCCAGUGGGUCGGCCAGUCGCGGUCGCGGCCGCUGCACCUGCUGGGCGCGACGCGCCGCGUGCUGCACGACCAGCUGAGAGCAGGCCGGCUGCACCACAUUGUCUACCGAAAGCUUGAGGAGGACUUGAAGGAGCUCGACCUCGUGGUCGGUGGCUGCGAGCGCCUCUACUCGUCCCCGGUGCCGCCCACGAUGUCGCGGCACGCCAUCCGGUCGAUUACCUUGUGGUUGUUGGGAUUACCAUUCGUGCUCGCUGGGUCGAUGCCGCCAGCCGCUGUUGCACUCUGGACAUUUGCGACCUCGUACAUCUUCGUUGGCAUCGAGGAGACGGGCGCGCAGGUCGAAAAUCCGUUUGAGGUCUUGCCGAUGACGCACUUGUGCAACGUAGUACUCUUCAACAUCGAGGAGGCGAUCGCGUUACCGCCGUGACCCGCCAGAGUUCGGAUACUUCCACCAUGCAUGUGUCAUUGCAUGCAUACAGCAGCUAUGUCUGCGUAAUUAGGUUUGUACGUCCUUGUGGGUGCAUUCCCCUCGUCUCUUUCUCCUUGCUGUGCAUGUAUUGCGUUGCGCGCUCGUGUGAAGCCCUGCGCUGCAAA